UUUGAAUGGACAUCCCUGACCUUUCCAAAGUUAGAGCCUGUCAGCAGGGGAGGGGAAGGUAUCAUAGCAUGCAUGAGUAUUUAAUUUUACCAGAAAAUAACAACUACUUUUUCUGGGAUUAAUUUUAAAUUUUUAUUGGAAAGUUAGCAGAGUGUUUUGUUUUUGUUAUUUUUCAAUUAAAUUACACUUGGUUUUAUUUAAACACUUAAUUUUGGAUCACAUCUCAGGAAUUAUUGUUUGUUUGGUUUUGUUAAACAUGACUGUUUUGUUACAUCAUUUCACAAGUGUGAUCCCUGACAUGAAAAAGUAAACCUAAAUUAGCUGAAAGUAAAUACUGAGAAUGACUUUUUUUGUUUUAAAUGAUGCAGCACAGAGUGCAAAAGGCAGUUUAUGACUACUGCAGGCUGUGAGGCUCCUGACUGUGGGCUGCUUUGAAGACCCUGAGUGAUCUAGUCAGAAGGGUUUCACUAAAACUGUCACUGUGAAUAUGAACCUCUGCACACAGCAAUACAAAUUCUGUCUGGUUCAGCUAACCAUGUCUUUAAAUUCAUCUACGCUUUUAAAUGAAGAAAACUCUCAAGGACCAAAAAGAAAUCCUGAAUGUUUGGAAAGUCUAGAGUUGCAGACUCCAUCAUCGUUUCAAGAUAACCCACUUCAACAAUUACAGUUAGCAUCGCAGGAAGUGCUUGAAAAAGCAAAAAAGAGCGGGAGAUCAAAAUGCCCCCGAUGCAGUAGUUCAAGGAUGUUUUAUUGUUAUACAUGCUUUGUUCCUGUUGAAACUGUCCCUACCAAAGAAAUUCCGACUGUGAAGUUACCUUUGAAGAUUGACAUUAUUAAACACCCAAAUGAAACAGAUGGCAAAAGCACUGCUGUGCAUGCUAAGCUCUUGGCACCUGAUGAUGUUACAAUUUAUAAAUACCCUUGCAUUCCAGAAUAUGAAGAAAAAAGACAUGAAAUAGCGCUUAUAUUUCCUGGCCCUGAUUCAGUUUCAGUAAAAGAUAUUGCUUUCCAUCUCCAAAAGUACACUAAGAAAAGUGUUUGUGAUAACAACGAUGACUGUUCCGGAGAGCCAUGCCUUAAGCAAGCAAAAAUAGAACCUAAAGAAGAAAAAAAUCUAAACGAAUGCAUCUCAAGCAACAGGAGUGAAGGCACUAGACUGAAGAAAAUAAUAUUUAUUGACAGUACCUGGAAUCAAACUAACAAAAUAAUAACUGAUGAACGACUUCAAGGGUUGCUGCAAAUUGAGUUGAAGACAAGGAAAACUUGCUUCUGGCGUCAUCAGAAGGGAAAGCCAGAUACAUACCUUUCCACAAUAGAAGCAAUUUAUUAUUUCCUUGUGGACUAUCAUCAGGAGAUUUUGAAAGAGAAUUACAAAGGACAAUAUGAUAAUCUGCUUUUUUUCUUUUCAUUUAUGUACACAUUGAUUAAAAAUGCCAAGUGUUGUGCAGGAAAAGAGUAAGAUGUCUGUCUAUAGGUACAUAACAGUACAUUUUAUUGUUUCUUUUGUAAUGAUAACCUGCACAAACAAUUUUAAUCUAACUGAAAUCUGGAAAUAGAUUGUACUCUUAAUAAUGGCUACAGUGUUUGUCCAAAAGUAAGCUGCAGACCUCAUGUCCUGCACACUUGAGGUUGUAGAACUCAGAUGAGCAGUCUGAUUAGAAUUACUUACUGAAAACAGUUAUGCUUUGCUAAAUAUUGCUGUGUUUGAACCUAGAGACCUGAUAUGCUCAUCACAGUGAGAGUAUUUCCUGAGGUGGGGAUAGGACUUGGCCCCUCUUGCCAUAAGGAAUGAUCUCUCUUAACUGUAAAAAGGAAUUGGCAUGCUAGCUUUCUAUUAUUUUUAAUACUUUGUUUCAGGUGUUUUCUUUGUGUUUUACCGAGUGAUACUGAUUUCACUUUCAUGACA